UUCCCUGUACUGCAAAAAUAAAAAUAAAAUAGAUAAAAAUGAUCUCUUUGCAGGACUAUUGGGUACCUUCCAAAUCCCAUUCAGUUAGCAUUUGUGAGUGUGUGUGCCUGUGUGCAUGUGUGUGUGUGUGUGUGUGUGUGUGUGUGUGUGUGUGUGUGUGUGAUGCUGGGUAGAAUCCAGAGCUAGUGCAUGCUAGGCACACGCUCUACCAUUGAGCCGCCCGCGCCCUGCUUGCCUCUUUUACCAAAUGCCCCCCUGUGCCAGCACUGACUGCGGCCGCGGGUUUGUUCUGCGUCCUUCUGGGCGCGGUGACUCUGAGACCGUGAUUCGCGCUGGACCUGGGUUUCCUGAGCGUCCAAGUGACUCACGGGCAUCCACAGCGGCCUGCCAAGCAGCGAGGUGCGGUGGGAGCUGGGGCCUCCCCUAGGGGACGCUCAGCCCGGGUCAUGCUCACGGUGGCCCUGCUGGGGGCUGGGUCACGUCUCUUUUCCUCUCCUGUCUUUCUGGGAGGUGGAAGGGAUGAACGUGGGACCGGGCGAAGCCCAGCUACCAGGCUCAGCCAGCGCGAGGCAAGGCCUGGGGGACGGCGGCCUGAGCCCAGAGCCUGGCUGUGCCAUUCACAGCGACUCUCCCGUAAUAGGGAUGAAGAAGCUGGGUCCUCAGGGGUCCAGGCAGAGCCAAAGCAGCCCAGGGUAACGUGGCAGAUGGAGACCAGGCCUCCUGCUUCCUCCGCCUCGGGGGCGCCCCCUAGCGGGACCCAGCACAACACUGCUCCAGCCCUGGAUUUAUAGAGGGGGUGCUGAGGCCAGAGUGAGGGAAGUCACGUGGCCGAGAGCCAGAGGACAGAGGACGCGUCCCCACCGAGACGGCUGACCAGCAGCGUGGCCAGUGCUGGUCUGUGGGAGGUGACACCCACGAGGCAUCCCCCGAGGCUCGGGGGAAGGACCGACGCCAGCUUUCCUCCCAUGUGCCGCCCCAGUGCUGGGACCCGGUGCUUCCUCCUGAGGAAAGCCAGGGCGCCAGGGGACUAAGGAAGGAAGGGAAGGCAGUUGCGGCUUGAGAGCCAGGCGAGGCUGGAAACGAACUCCAGCCCUGCUCUUCUCAAACCAUAUGAUCUCUGGCAAGUUACUUAAUGCCUCUGAGCCUCAGUUUGUUCAUGCAUAAAGUGGGGACAGUGAUCCUGAGUUGAAAUCUUGGGGCUGGGGCUAAAUGUCUGAACAAGGGCUGGGCACACAGCGGGUGCCUAGAGGAUGGCACUAUUAGGAAGCGGGGUCUUCCCUGUCACUGUGGAGAGACGCACAGUGCCUGGGCUGGGUUUCUCUCCAGGCUCAGCGGUGGGCACCUGGUCGGCCUGCUCCUGGGAAUCCAGCUGGGGUGCGCAUUGCUGGGGGAUCUGACUCGUCCAGUGCACCUGGGCCAGCACCCAGGGAUCAGCGUGCAUUGAUGGGCAGCUGGGAGCCCUAAUGUCGGCCCCUGACUCCAGAGAAUGAACUUCCGGCUGCCCGGCCCUAGCCCCGAGCAGCCAUGUCUCAGCUCCCGCCCAGGGGCCAAAGUCAUGAGGACCCAGAUGGUAUCUCUGCCAGCCCGGAGAGCUGCUUCUGGAUCUCUCCUGAGUCCCAAUGGCUCCCAAUCGCCACGCUGGGGACCCAGCUUCCAACACACGGACCUUUGGAGGACCCCAAACUAUGCCCAGCUCCAUCAGGGGCUCGAGCGCAGGCAGCCGGGUGGGUCAUCUGCCGCCUGGGACCCAGCUGUGGCCAAAGGUGACCCAGAGCCGCCCCUCCUGAGCACCCUGCCUAAGGGGGCCAAGAACGGUGCCCAGGAGGGGGAGAAAGUCCCAGGCUCCCGCUGAGCUGCCUGCGGCACGGUCCCUUUGUCCACCGAGGGCAUUUUGGGGCGGGGGUUGCCAGCUGUAGGGAAGCCCCUGAAUUUCCUGAGCCAGGUUGGGACUUUGUGUCUUGCUCAGCAUCCUUCUAGCCACAGUAUCCUGCGUUCCCUUGGGAGGGUUCCUGCCGCAUCUGCGCUCUUCUCUCUUCCCUAAGGAGUUGGCUGCACUGCGGCUGCGCGGCGUGGGUUCUGCCCCUGGCCCCGAGGGCGCUGGGGCCCUGCUGUCCCUUACGGGGCCUCCGCUCACCUUGCCCCGGGUGCGAGUUCAAGGGACUCCCCCUUGGCCCCUUCAAAGCACUUUCACACCUGGAGGGGGUUCACAGACGCCAGCGCUCUUUCUCCUGCCUGCUCUUCGGAGUCCCCGAAGCAGCCAGGGCCGGGUACUGUCCUGGGUACCCGCGGGCCUCCUGGCUGUGCGCGCCCGCGGCUGCCUGGAGCAGUUGGAUAGCAAGCCAGUCAUGGCGGUUAUGUUGCGAUGAGAUCAGUUCUAGAAUUGAGGAUCGACCCCUUGCGCCCACCUGUGCCGGAGAUCCCAAGCACUACUACGACAGGGCUUUGGGGCAAUGCUGCUACCGCUGCCCCAGAGACGACCUCGUGGAGAAGGCGCCGUGCUCCUGGAACGCCUCCCGCGUGUGCGAGUGCCGGCCCGGCAUGUUCUGUGCCACCUCUGCCACCAACUCCUGUGCCCGCUGCUCCCCACACUCCCCCUGCCCCGUGGGGAUGGUCGUCACGGCCCCAGGCACGGCCGAGAAGGACACGAUGUGUGACCGGCCUUCCCCGGGGACCAGCCUGGACUGCGGCAGCCCGGAGGCCUGCAGGACACCCGCCAGCAGUGCCACCCGCCAGGCCGAGCCAACUACAGCGUCCCCUGCCACUGCCGAUGCCAGGACCCUGCCCCUGGGAGAGAGCACCACGCUCAGGCUGGAAGAUGCCCCUCGACUGCGGCCAGCAGGGGUUUCUGCGUCUCCCUUCUCUGUGGCAGAGGCAGGCCCAGGCCCAGGGCUGCCCGCUUCGCAGCAGUGUCUGCCGGGGUCCGCUAACUGCAGCUGGGAGCCGUGCGGCCCUGAGCACUACCUGGCCGUGGAUGGCCACUGCACGCCCUGCGUGAGCUGUGAGGGAGACGACCUCGUGGAGAAGGCGCCGUGCUCCUGGAACGCCUCCCGCGUGUGCGAGUGCCGGCCCGGCAUGUUCUGUGCCUCCUCCGCUGCUAACUCCUGUGCGCGCUGUGUCACCCGCCCCGUCUGUGCACCGGGGACGGUCCCCGGACUGCAGGGUGUUGCCGGGGACACCACCUUCGAUCCACCUCCCUUGGGGACCCAUCCCGAUUGCAGCCUGCAGGCAAGCAGCGACACUCCUGCCAGCGCGGGCCCCACCCUGAGCCCCCUGGUGGGAUCCCCAACCAGCCACAGGCCGGCUGUCUCCACCAGCGCCCCGGUGUCCCUCUCCUCCACAGGGAAGCCCAUUCUGGAUCCAGGCCCUGUUCUCUUCUGGGUGCUCACGGUGCUGGCGGUGGUGCUGGGCUCCGGCUCCUUCCUCCUGUGCUACCGGAGGGCCUGCAGGGCGCGGAUUGGCCAGAAGCUGCACCUGUGCUACCCGACCCAGACCUUCCGGCCCAAGCUGGAGCCUGCGGAUUCCAGACCCAGGAGGAACCUGAGACGGCCCAGGAGUGACGCGUCGGGGACAGAGCCGGGUACAGGGGCGCUGAGUGUGGCCAGCCCCCCGGUUGUGGAGACCCGUGCCAACAUGGGGGCGGCCUGCCCCGAGAGCCUGCUGCUGCUGGGUGCCAGCCCUGCCGGGGAUGAGGCGUCCCCCAGGGAGCCGCCCGAGCCCCGGGUGUCCGCGGAGCACACCAAUAACCGCAUCGAGAAAAUCUACAUCAUGAAAGCUGACACUGUGAUCGUGGGGAGCGUGAAGACGGAGGCUCCCGAGGGCCGGGGUGCUGUGGGGCCAACGGGGACCGACCUGGAGGCAGAGCUGGAGGUGGACCAAGCCCCCCACUACCCCGAGCAGGAGACAGAGCCGCCCAUGGGCAGCUGCGGAGAUGUCAUGUUCUCCGUGGAGGAGGAAGGGAAGGAGGACCCCUGGCCCUCUGGAAAGUGAGGCUCGGUCUGGACUGGGGCAGGGAGGGUGGCCAGGGUCCUAGAGUGCCGGGGUGGCAGUGGUGAGGCUAAGCUGGUGGGCAGAGGCCCACGCGGCUCGGACCGAGGUCCUGACAUCACACAGGGGACCAGGGAUGGGCACCUCGACUCCUGUGGCUGCUGACAGUGCUGGCCCCCGACCUGGCCCCAGACACUCACUUCCAGGGCCAGUCCCCGCUGAAAGAGGGGACACGGGCUGCUCCCAAGCGCCCCUGUGCUCUCUCUCUCCCUUGGCCUCAGUGGUGAUGCCCGUCGGGCCUUGCUGGCACGCUGCCGGUCCCCAGUUACAGUAAACCUGGCUCCCAGUGGGCCCUGCGCCAGCUCUUGUGGUUUUCUCCUGAGUCAGAAGGGAAGUCGAGGGAUGGGGCGGUGGUGGCGGUGCCGGUACCAUCUGGGCCGUGCCUGUCGCAUUGCUCCCUGUGUUGAGCGAGAGCCCGGCCUGGCCUCCGGCCUGCUUGGGCUCUAUGGCACCUACCUGCACCUAUUCCACAGCCCCAGGUGGGCCCAGGACCCAUGCACUUGUCUCAAAAUGUCUCAGCAGUCCCCACAGCAGGAGUAUUUUGAGACCAAGGUGCCUAUGCUGGGCCUUCAGCAGCUACAGUACCAGGCCCCAGCUAGAGACCCAGAACAGCCUGCCUGCUUUGCCCUGCGAUUUCCUCCCGGCAAGGAGCUGGGACGGCAACCCUGGAGUCCUCAACCGCUCUGCGGGCCCUCCCGCCCAGUCUUGGAAACGCGGAGGCGUCUGUCCUAGAUCUUCCAUGCUUGUGAAGCCAUUCGCCCGGCCCUGCCCUCUGACCCACACCGCUGCAUCCGUCAGGUGUGGGCACUGGAAAGACCCUGGUGUCACGUGCACACCGGCCUCACUCUGCAGCAAAGGGAAAAAGCAUUCCGUGGCUACAACUGGAUUUUGGGUGCCCUUCGGGUGGUACGCCCAAAGGAGCAGCGCUGCUCUGACUCGCACCCCGUGGCCUGCUCUCUGGGCCUCUUUAACAAACAAGUGGUGAUGACACAUCUGCAGGUCAGCCGCCGUGGGGACUCCUGGACUUACCCGCAGGCCCGCAGGGCUGUGUUUACUCUCCAGCGGUUGCUCUCCGGAGGAAGUUGAGGCUGCCUCAGGAGUCAGAAACGUAGUUUCUGAAACCACUCAGAUGUUUUGGGGAAAGUUGGAGCAGCCGGGCCACUGAGAGAGGUGGUCACACAGCAGGACUUGGACACUGGCCAGGAGGACUUUGGGUGUUUGCCAUUGUCUCGUGCCAGGAUGAAGCAAGUGUGCUCGGCACACCCCAGAGCUGCACCCAGGAGGAGCAUGUGGGCACCACAGGGCAUGCUGGUAACUUGGCCAAAUAAUGCAGUUCCUCACCCAG